ACGCGCAGAAGUCCAGCCCCAGAAAGGAGGAGUGCAGGCCAGCGGGUACCUGUCGGCUGGGCUGGGAGAAGUCGCUCUUGCGGGACCCAGUGGGGGCUCCUAGCACCUCCCGCGCCCCAGCCCUCCCGGCAGGCCCUUGUAGGGUUUGCCCCGACAUGAGGACUGCCAAAGACCCCAGACUCCCCAUGCCACCCGCCGGUCUUGUCGGGAGACUGGAGGGGGGAGAUCUAGCUAAGAAUGGAUUCUAAAGGCUGUCAGCGUCAUGGACCUCUAGACUGAGAAGCCAGCAGGUGGAGGGACCAGGCCGAGGGACGCUGAGGUGCACUGGUCUGCGGGGCUGAAUCUUGAGGCCGUGACAGGUGUUCACCCAAGGAAUUGCAUGAUGGAUGGUCCUCGCUCAGACGUGGGCCGAUGGGGCGGGAACCCCUUGCAGCCCCCUACCACACCUUCUCCAGAGCCAGAACCAGAGCCAGACAGACGCUCUCGCAGAGGAGCCCGUUCCUUCUGGGCUCGCUGCUGUGGUUGCUGUUCUUGCCGGAAUAGGGCAGAUGAUGACUGGGGGCCUGAGCCCUCUGGCUCCAGAAGUCGAGGAUCCAGCUCUCGGGGCCGAAGACCUGACUCCCGCGGCAGUGGUAUAAAUGCAGCUGGAGAUGGCACUAUCCGAGAGGGCAUGCUGGUGGUGACCGGUGUGGAUUUGCUGAGCUCACGCUCAGACCAGAACCGCAGAGAGCAUCACACAGAUGAGUUUGAGUAUGAUGAGCUGAUUGUGCGCCGUGGGCAGCCUUUCCACGUGGUUCUCUUCCUGAACCGGAGCUAUGAAUCCUCUGAUCGCAUUGCCCUUGAGCUGCUUAUUGGUAACAACCCUGAGGUGGGCAAAGGUACCCACGUGAUCAUCCCAGUGGGUAAGGGGGGCAGUGGGGGCUGGAAAGCCCAGGUGACAAAAGCCAGUGGGCAGAAUCUGAACCUUCGAGUCCAUACCUCCCCCAAUGCCAUCAUUGGCAAGUUUCAAUUCACGGUCCGCACACGCUCAGAUGCUGGGGAGUUCCAGUUGCCCUUUGACCCCCACAACGAGAUCUACAUCCUCUUCAACCCCUGGUGCCCAGAGGACAUUGUAUAUGUGGACCAUGAGGACUGGCGGCAGGAGUAUGUGCUUAAUGAGUCUGGAAGAAUUUACUAUGGAACUGAAGCACAGAUCGGUGAGAGGACCUGGAACUAUGGUCAGUUUGACCAUGGAGUGCUGGAUGCCUGCCUGUACAUCCUGGACCGGCGGGGAAUGCCAUAUGGAGGUCGUGGGGACCCAGUCAGUGUCUCCCGGGUCAUCUCUGCCAUGGUGAACUCCCUGGAUGACAAUGGAGUCCUGAUUGGGAACUGGUCUGGCGAUUACUCUCGAGGCACCAACCCCUCAGCGUGGGUGGGCAGCGUGGAGAUCCUGCUUAGCUACCUACGCACUGGCUAUUCUGUCCCCUAUGGCCAGUGCUGGGUCUUUGCUGGUGUGACCACCACAGUGUUGCGAUGCCUGGGUCUAGCCACCCGUACUGUCACCAACUUCAACUCUGCACAUGACACAGACACAUCCCUCACUAUGGACAUCUACUUUGAUGAGAACAUGAAGCCACUUGAGCAUCUGAACCAUGAUUCUGUUUGGAACUUCCAUGUGUGGAAUGACUGCUGGAUGAAGAGGCCGGAUCUACCCUCAGGAUUUGAUGGAUGGCAGGUUGUGGAUGCCACACCCCAGGAGACCAGCAGCGGCAUCUUCUGCUGUGGCCCCUGCUCCGUGGAGUCCAUCAAGAAUGGCUUAGUCUACAUGAAGUAUGACACACCCUUCAUUUUUGCAGAGGUGAACAGUGACAAGGUAUACUGGCAGCGGCAGGAUGAUGGCAGCUUCAAGAUUGUGUAUGUUGAAGAAAAAGCCAUUGGCACACUCAUUGUCACAAAGGCCAUCAACUCCAAUAUGCGGGAGGACAUCACCCACAUCUAUAAGCACCCAGAAGGAUCAGCAGCAGAGCGGAAGGCAGUAGAGACAGCAGCUGCCCAUGGCAGCAAACCCAAUGUGUAUGCCACCCGGGACUCUGCUGAGGAUGUGGCCAUGCAAGUGGAAGCACAGGAUGCAGUGAUGGGGCAGGAUCUGACAGUCUCCGUGGUGCUGACCAAUCGUGGCAGCAGCAGUCGCACUGUGAAGCUGCACCUCUACCUCUCUGUCACCUUCUACACUGGUGUCACCGGGUCCACCUUCAAGGAAGCCAAGAAGGAAGUGACACUGGCACCAGGAGCCUCGGACUCUGUGACCAUGCCCGUGGCCUACAAGGAGUACAGGCCCCACCUUGUGGACCAGGGGGCCAUGCUGCUUAACGUCUCUGGCCAUGUCAAGGAGAGCGGGCAGGUUCUGGCCAAGCAGCACACCUUCCGUUUGCGUACCCCAGACCUCUCCCUUACAUUACUGGGAGCAGCAGUAGUUGGCCAGGAGUGUGAAGUACAGAUUGUCUUCAAGAACCCCCUGCCUGUCACCCUCACCAAUGUUGUCUUCCGGCUAGAGGGCUCUGGGUUACAGAGACCCAAGGUCCUCAAUGUUGGGGACAUCGGGGGCAAUGAGACAGUGACACUGCGCCAGACGUUUGUGCCUGUGCGACCAGGCCCCCGCCAGCUCAUUGCCAGUUUGGACAGCCCACAGCUGUCCCAGGUGCACGGUGUCAUCCAGGUGGAUGUGGCUCCAGCCUCUGGGGGCAUGGAUUUCUCAGACACUGGAGGUAACAGUCGCUCAGGAGAGACCAUUCCUAUGGCAUCUCGAGGUGGAGCUUAGCCCUGGACUGGGAACAACGGGACUGGAGUCAGAUGAGCAAGGACACUGCCCCAAGAUGGGGGCCCACCACAAAAUAGCUCCCCAGGAGCUCAGGUGGGAAGGCUGGGGCACCUGGGGAGAUAGCCAAUCUUCACCUGUAUUGGGUGGCACAGAUGAUAAUAAACUUUUUUA